AUGACUACAACACCAGAUUCAAGUUUCUCGGAUCUCAGUGUACUUCCUGCGACGGAGUACUCAGCUGGCCAUGAGAUUUAUGACGCCAAUUUCGCGCAAGAUUUGACACUAGAUCCAUUUAUAUCAGAUAAUGUGCCGGUAUAUCCUAAUUUGAACAAUUUCCCUGCCUUUUUCGAGCAUGGUAUGCUUCCAAACGUGGAAAUGGAAGUUCCACAAGAAACACAGCAGCCUCGGGGUGUGUUUGACUUCAUGCUCGAUACCGAUUUCGUUUUCCCUGAAAACGAUUUGUUCGAUGCAGACUUCAUGCCCGAUCUCGAUCGAAUCCUAGAUGCUGGGCCCUCCAUAUGCGGAUCUAAAGACCAACAGAAUCCUCAACUUGGUGAUCAUGAAUCAGCCAGCAGGCGAGCAGCUGCAUUUCGAAAAUCAUUCUGGCUAUGGGUGCCAGAGAAGAACCAAUAUGCCUUCAGCGAGGAGAGAAGAAUCCCUCUUCGUGAUGGGGAUGCUAUUUCGCCGAAUCAUCAAAACCGACUUCAAGCUCUUCAAAUACCGGGAAAACUAUCCAUGCGCUCGCGGGAUGAUAUCUUCAAAUUGGUCGUGCGAACAGCCGGCUCUCGGCUUUCAAUUUCUUCAUUUCCUUCUGCUGAGUACCUUGAUACGCUCAUCAAAGUCGGUAUUGGAAAGCGAAUAGAGACGGAUGCAUGGAUUCAUCCAUAUACCUUUUAUGAUCAGAAGUUGCGACCUGAAUUGUUAACCGGCUUGGUCGCAGCAGGAUGUGCUUUCCGACGUGCUGCGGCAUUUGACAGCUCCACGUACUCUGCUGUAACACCUUCUAUGACUGGCGAUGAUGAGCAGUCUUUGAAUAAUAUAUGGCAUGAGUGGGCAAGACAAGAAUCACUGAAGCGAUUAGCUUAUCAUCUAUUCAGCCACGAUGUAGAGGUUGCCAUGGCUAUGAACCGCCCAGCUCUUACUUCGUACACGGAGUUCACACUACCCUUCCCUGCUGCAAGAGACCUCUGGCUCGCUCCUACAGCUACCGCAUGGAGAGAUCUUUGGGAGGCGAAGUACCGAGUUGUAGAGGCGUCCGACUUCAGUUUGCGGGACUUGUUAUCCGAUCCGUCCUUAAUUACUCGUGUCCCUAUUGAGAUGGACUUUGAUAUUGCAAGGUCUGCACUAUUACAAGGAAUGGCCAGUCAGGUGUGGGAAACUCGCCAACAGAUGGUUUUAUCCCAGGGAUCAAGGCCUGACACGCGUGCUUUGACUCGACUGUGGCUGCAAAGCAGACAAGACGAGCUGUCAGUUCACCACCUCCUCUGUCAAUUUAAUGCUGACUGGGCAAGUUAUACCACAUUGAAGUCUAUACCUGAGAAUCCACCGGCGCCUCCACCUGUCACAACAUUACUGAACCAAUUUAUAAUGAUGUACCUUCAUAUUGAUAUCGAUGCUAUCCAACGAUUUCCGGGCCUUCGGGACUGGAGCCAUGCAAGAGAAGCACGGACAAGCAUAUGGCAUGCCGGCCAGACAUUGCGUGCCGCGCGAACUGUCAAGACUUAUCAGCUGCGCGGAUUCGAUGCUAUGGUUAUCUACCACGCUGCUUUGGUUCUGUGGGUAUACGGGCUUUUUCAGUGUGGAGAAUUGAAGCAGCUUGAAGACAAGACACCAAUUGGUGAAACAGACUUGCCACCAUGCGUGUCACUUGAUGGCCUAGAGGAUACGGCGACCAAAGCGUUCUUGGGUCAUGGAAUUGGUCGCCCAGGUCUGACAAUGACCCGAAGUGGUCCCGAUGGGGAUACACCAAUGUUCUGUGAACUAAGCAAGCCGCGCUCUGUCAUGGCUGUUGCUCGGCAAGUCUUUGAAGGGAAUUGUCCUUGUCCUUCUCCGGACGACCGUCUGCCACCAAUGAUCCAGAGUCUGUGUGAACUGAUAGAGGAUCUGGGGAAUCUUCCAUAA